AUGUCUUACAUCCAAACUCACAUCUCACAUAGAUUUACUAUUAUAUAUUUUCAUAUAUACACUCACAUUCACACAUCUAAUCAAUCUGUUCUUAUCUACCUAUCUAUCUGUUCAUAUGUAUUUAUUUAUCUCACUCUUCAUAUAUAUCUAUCUAUCUCAAUGUUCAUAUCUAUCUCUCUCACUGUCCAUAUCUGUUUUCUAUCUAUCCUGUUCAUAUGUAUUUAUCUAUCUAUCUAUCUAUCUAUCUCACUCUGUUCUUAUCUACCUAUCUAUCUGUUCAUAUGUAUUUAUUUAUCUCACUCUUCAUAUGUGUUUCUCUAUCUCACUAUCCAUUUCUAUCUAUCUAUCUAUCUAUCUAUCUAUCUAUCUAUCUAUCUAUCUAUCUCACUCUGUUCUUAUCUACCUAUCUAUCUGUUCAUAUGUAUUUAUUUAUCUACCAUAUGUGUUUCAUAUCUCAUAUCCAUUUCUAUCUAUCUAUCUAUCUAUCUAUCUAUCUAUCUAUCUAUCUCAUGUUCUUAUCUACCCAUUCAUCUGUUCAUAUGUAUUUAUUUAUGUCAUCUUCAUAUGUAUCCAUCCAUUUCUAUCUAUCUAUCUAUCUAUCUAUCUAUCUAUCUAUCUAUCUCACUCUGUUCUUAUCUAUCUAUCUGUUCAUAUGUAUUUAUUUAUCUCACCUUCAUAUGUGUUUCUUAUCAUCCAUUUCUAUCUAUCUAUCUAUCUAUCUAUCUGUAUCUAUCUAUCUAUUUACUCUGUUCUUAUCUACAUAUCUAUCUGUUCAUAUGUAUUUAUUUAUCUCAUCCUUCAUAUGUUCUCUUUCUCUUCUCUAUCCAUUUCUAUCUAUCUAUCUAUCUAUUAUCUAUCUAUCUAUCUAUCUAUCUGUUCUUAUCUACCCAUCUAUCUGUUCAUAUGUAUUUAUUUAUCUCAUCUUCAUAUGUGUUUUCUAUCUCACUAUCCCAUUCUAUCUAUCUAUCUAUCUGUCUGUCUCAGUCUGUUCAUAUCUACUUAUCUAUCUCAGUCCAUUCUGAUCUAAGUAGUAUCUAUCUCUUCAUCUUAUUGUGCAAUAGCUUUUGUUGUGCAAUAGCUUAG